CCUCCUGGGCAGUCUGGUGUUUAUCUGGAUCUGGGGUCUGACCUGAAUGGCACUUGGCGGAUGGUGGGACUGGAUGCACUUGCGGCUAGCCACUUCCGGUCACUUGGCCUGCGCCUGGGCAAUCAGUGUUGCCUUUUCAGGGCCAAGCCCCCCAUCCCCCUAUCAGGACUUUCCGGGCUCCAGAGGUCACUGGGCAGGCAGCACAGCGGCUGCCAAAACAAACCAGCCCCCGUGACUUGUAGGAAAGUGGCGGGGGAGGGGCUGGGCCCCGCUAGGGACAGGAAGGACUAGAGGCCCAUGGCGGCAUGGACUGGAUCAGAGGAGAGCUGGGUAUCGGCAUGGAAGCAAAUGCGAAUGGAGGACUACAUGGCCACAAGCAUGGUGGACCUAGCGAACCUAGCGAAGCCAGAACUUUGCAGCCCAUUCCUCCAGUUAGGAAUCCCAUUCUCUGGGCCUCGGAGCACACCUGAAUACCCCUGCAAGUGGGAGGACAGGCUGGUGGUUGAGCCUACCCGGUUCAACCCCUGCAGGCCCCGCCCCAUUAGCCAGGUGGCCUCUGUGGCAGCCAGUCCUGGGGUCCGCCCUUCCCCGCCCCGUCUCCGCCUCCCACCCAGCCCCCUCCUCCUCAGGUGAGGCGGCAGGCUCAGCAGGCCUCAAGCUGCUGGCGGCCGCUGCCACACCUGCCUCCCGCGCUGCCCGCGGCUGUGGGGACGCCAUGCGCCUCCCCAGGCCCGGAGACUAACCCCAAACCUGCACCAUCUCCGGCGGACCCCAGGGUAAGGCACAGAAUAUGGAGUCCCUUGUCCACCCCCUCCCACCAAUCUGAUGCCCACCAGCCCAUAGAUGGGAUGCCAGGAACCCCAGAUCACCUCCACCCUUCUUUCCCUGCCAGUUUAGACAUCCGAGGACUCCCCAAAGUUUUUCAACUUUCGAGUCCCCUGAAAGUUCAGCCUCGGUCCUCCAGGCUCUGCCUUGCCACUCCAGGUGUCCCCCUGGUGGCUGGUCAUACAUUGCCACCACUGACCCCGGCCCAACCUCUGCCCUUGCAUGCUCUGUGCCCAGCUCAGGGCCAGCUGCUCCCUGGAUGAGAGCCUGGGACUGGGGGCGCCAGGACAGAGCCAAACCAGGCUCCCCCAGGCCGUGCCUCCUUGUUCCUGUCCCCAGGUUCCGCCCCAGCCCAACAGGUCAAGCUGGGAAUCAUUAACAAGAGUCCCUGACAUGGCGAAGAAGGAGGGUGUCCGGACGGCUCCAUGCUGCUCCAGACCCAAGGUGGCGGCUGUCAUUGUGGGGACACUGCUGCUCCUGACAGGCAUUGGGGCUGCGUCCUGGGCCAUUGUGACCAUCCUCCUCCGGAGUGACCAGGAGCCGCUGUACCCAGUGCAGGUCAGCCCCGGGGACUCGCGACUUGCUGUGUUUGACAAGACGGAGGGGACGUGGAGGCUGAUGUGUUCCUCACGCUCCAACGCCAGGGUGGCAGGGCUCGGCUGUGAGGAGAUGGGCUUCCUCAGGGCCCUGGCGCACUCGGAGUUGGAUGUGCGAACCGCGGGCGCCAACGGUACAUCGGGCUUCUUCUGUGUGGACGAGGGUGGCCUGCCGAUGGCUCAGAGGUUGCUGGAUGUCAUCUCUGUGUGCGACUGCCCUAGAGGCCGAUUUGUGACUGUCGUCUGUCAAGACUGUGGCCGCAGAAAACUGCCAGUGGAUCGCAUUGUGGGGGGCCAGGACAGCAGCCUGGGAAGGUGGCCAUGGCAGGUCAGCCUGCGUUAUGAUGGGGCCCACCUCUGUGGGGGAUCCCUGCUGUCCGGGGACUGGGUGCUGACAGCUGCACAUUGCUUUCCAGAGCGCAACCGGGUCCUGUCUCGAUGGCGAGUGUUUGCUGGCGCUGUGGCCCGGACUUCGCCCCAUGGCGUGCAGCUGGGGGUUAAGGCUGUGAUCUAUCAUGGGGGCUACCUUCCCUUUCGAGACCCUACCAUUGAGGAGAACAGCAACGACAUCGCUCUGGUCCAUCUCUCCAGUCCCCUGCCUCUCACCGAAUACAUUCAGCCAGUGUGUCUCCCCGCUGCGGGACAGACCCUGGUGGAUGGCAAGGUCUGUACUGUGACCGGCUGGGGCAACACACAGUUCUAUGGCCAGCAGGCUGUGGUGCUCCAAGAGGCCCGGGUCCCCAUCAUAAGCAACGAGGUCUGCAACAGCCCUGACUUCUACGGGAAUCAGAUCAAACCCAAGAUGUUCUGCGCUGGUUAUCCCGAGGGUGGCAUUGAUGCUUGCCAGGGUGACAGUGGCGGCCCAUUCGUGUGUGAGGACAGCAUCUCUGGGACAUCAAGAUGGCGGCUCUGUGGCAUUGUAAGCUGGGGUACGGGCUGUGCUUUGGCCCAGAAGCCAGGAGUGUACACCAAAGUUAUUGACUUCCGAGAGUGGAUCUUCCAGGCCAUAAAGACUCACUCCGAAGCCAGCGGCAUGGUGACUCAGCCCUGACCCAGCCUCACCUCACUGCUCACGCCUCCAGAGCUGGAGUUGGUCUGACGCUCCAGACUGGCAUGGUAGGCUCCACACUGGGUCUCACACGGAGCAGUUUUCCUCAUGGACCCGGUCCACAGGUCCGAGGACUCUCUUCCACAGUGGCCGGCCCACUCAGUCUUGGGGCCACUCGGCCUCAACCUCCCCACCCCAUGUAUAUAUUACUCUGUCCUCUGGGGACUGCUUUCCAGGUGCCCCUGUGGGAAUACUCUUUAAAUAAUAAAUGUGGUUUUGAUUAAUGGGUC